GGUUUUAAUGGAAAAGCUAUUAUAAUGGAAACCUAUAGAAUUUCUGUAACAGCGUUUCAGCGUUUAGAUUAUGAACGGGUUAAUAAAAUGGGGGCGUGAGCUGCACGAUGACGCGUGUGCGUGAUCACGUGGUACAGUAAGGAGUCGUCAAAUAAACAUUACCCUGCGCGGUUGUUUGACUAUUAAGCAGCUAUCAUGCGCUUUAUAUUUAUACAGAUACUCAACGAUAAUAUUAUAUUACAGCAGAACUGGGCGUUUUAUCGCAGCGACACGCGUUUUUAGGAGAACUAGAGCAAGAGAGACAGAGAUGCUGUUUAGCCGGAUGAUAGCCGCUACUGCACGUACAUUCAUAUCGAAUCUACAUUAAUACAACUGCUGCCUACACGGUGGAUGGGAUGUAUCGCCUCUGACCUUCUUGCCUUCGCGAAAUUGAGUCCUCGUACUACAAAGAAUAGUCAAGAACCAGAAAAGUGUUUUCAAGCGGUGGAUUGUAUUAGGGAUGUUCUCUCCUCAGAGGAAGGACUUUGUCUCUCUGACUCUGGGAGACCAGCACAGUCGCGGCUACACCAACGGCAAACACCGGAGGCAGUCUUGCUGGAGGAAAUGGAAACAGCUGUCUAGACUUCAACGCAGUCUCAUUCUCCUGCUCCUCGCAUUCCUCUUCAUCUGUGGAAUCCUGUCUUAUUCCAGCCUGACAGAGCAAUGGAGAGGUCUCUCGGAUAGAUCCAUGAAGGAGGAUUGGGUCGAGAUGGAUAACAGAGGUCUUAGGCCCAUCCCUCCUGGCCUCCUCCCAAAGCCCCCAGCGGCCGUCCCCGGGGUCAUCCAGGAUAUCCCACCGGAUAUUCUGCCGGAGCUUCAGAGGCCCAGCGUUCCGCUUCUUCCCAAACCUCCAGCCGUGAGGAAGCCCCCCAGUAAACGCGGCCCUCCAACCUUACAGAAACGGUUGAACGUGACCGUCUCGCAUCUUAAAGAAAGAGAAGAUCCUGUGGUCGGGAAAGAAGCGGAUGGGGGAACGGAGGCAAAAACAGUCAUUAGCUGGCGUGGGGCGAUGAUUGAGUCAGAGCAGGGGACGGAGCUUCAGCCCACAGCCCGUGGAAAAGAGGCCGGGACGCAGGCUGAUUUUGACGAGCCUACCCCUUUAAAACCAGUUUCAGAGAAGCCUGUGGAUCGGGCAGAGGCGGUGCGGGAGGCGUUCAGACACGCGUGGAAGGGCUACAAGGCCUUUGCGUGGGGUCACGAUGAACUCAAGCCCAUUUCUAAGACUCAUUCGGAGUGGUUUGGUCUGGGACUCACAAUGAUUGACGCGCUAGACACCAUGUGGAUAUUGGGGCUGAAGGACGAGUUUGAAGAAGCUAGGAAGUGGGUAGAGACAGAAUUAUCCUUUUCUAAGAAUGUGGAUGUCAAUCUUUUUGAGAGUACCAUCCGUAUUUUGGGGGGUCUUUUGAGCACAUACCACCUGACAGGCGACACUAUGUUCUUGGACAAAGCUAAGGAUAUUGGCUCCAGAUUAAUGCCUGCCUUCAAGACCCCAUCUAAAAUCCCCUUCUCUGACGUGAACAUUGGCAAAGGAACUGCUCAUCCUCCACGCUGGACUACAGACAGCACUGUCGCAGAGGUGACCAGCAUCCAGCUGGAGUUCAGAGAGCUCAGUCGACUCACAGAGGACCCAGAGUACCAGAAAGCAGUGGAGGAGGUCACCAAACAGGUGCACAAGUUGGAGGGAAAACAUGAUGGCCUCGUGCCCAUGUUCAUCAACACAAACAGUGGAAAGUUCACACGCAGAGGGGCCUUCACAUUGGGGGCUCGCGCGGACAGCUACUACGAGUACCUGCUCAAACAAUGGCUACAGGGCGGCAAAAAGGAAAUUGAACUUUUGGAAGACUAUCUACAAGCUAUAGAAGGUGUCAAAAAGAACCUCUUAAAACAGACCUCCCCUAGCAAACUGACUUUCGUAGGGGAGCUGUCCAACGGCCGCCUUAACCCAAAGAUGGAUCAUUUGGUGUGUUUUCUGCCGGGCACUCUUGCUCUCGGUGCCCAUAACGGUCUGCCUGACGAUCACAUGGACCUGGCUCGACAACUGAUGGAGACGUGUUAUCAAAUGUAUGCUCAGAUGGAGACGGGUUUGAGUCCAGAGAUCGCUCACUUUAACCUGCAGUACCACACCGGACGAGAUAUCGACGUGAAGCCUGCUGACAGACACAACUUACUAAGGCCCGAGACUGUGGAGAGUCUAUUCUACAUGUACAGGUUCACCAAAGACGAAAAAUACAGAGACUGGGGCUGGAUCAUACUAGAGAGCUUCAACAAGUACACUAGAGUCCCCGGUGGGGGCUACACCUCCAUAGGUAACGUCCGUGACCCCGCCAACCCCGUGCCCAGGGAUAAGAUGGAGAGUUUCUUCCUGGGAGAGACGCUGAAGUAUCUCUUUCUCCUCUUCUCUGAUGACCCAGAGCUGAUCAGUCUGGAUAAGUAUGUGUUCAACACUGAGGCCCAUCCGCUUCCCAUAUGGCCGUCCACCUCCUGACGAGAGGGGCCGGACACAUGGGGCUUCAACAGCAAAUGAUGCAGGCUUCCACAGGAAGUGGAUCCACAGAGCUCUUGUAUUAGAUGGAUUCUUUCACUGGGCCGCUCUGCAGAGAUGACUCUGUGCUGAAUAGAGAUGGCGAGCUAUUAUGCACUGACCUUUAACUGUGCACGAGAGGUUUUUUACAAUAUAAUGAGAGUUUUUGCUCUUUCUGAUGGAUUCUGUAAGAACAGGUUUGGUGGAUGGAUUACUCCCUGUGGGUGGUGGAAAGCUUGGGUUGUAAUCAAAUCACAUGUUCUUUACAGACCCGAAACCUCUCUAAAGUCACAUCCACUUUCAAUUCUUUAAGUACAAACAAGGACAGUUCGACUUUAUAAUGAGGUUCAAUUUGUUAACAUUAGUUUAUGCGUAUCAUGAACAAGCUAUGAACAAUGAAAGUAUUUUUAUCAUUUACUGUUAUUAUAGGUUAAUUUGUUAAUAUAAAUGCUAUCAAGUAUUGUUGAUGUACAUUUACUGAAGUUAUUUAUAUUAGUGUAAUAUAUAGAACAUAUAAAUGUUUUCAAAUAUUCAGAAAUGAAUACCUAUAAAUGCUGUACAAGUUUUGUUCAUUGCUUAUUCAUGUUAUUUAUUUAUUAAUAUUAAGAAAUUGAGCCUUAUUGACUUAUUUACUUGACUUACCGAUGAGUUCAUGUGAAGACAUGCGCAAAGUGCACCGGCGCUCUUGCAUGUUGGAUAAGCCCAUCCAUCCACUCGAAACAAGUCCUGUAACACGUGAAGGACAACUUUCUGAUGUCUCAUAUUCCAUCAAAACUGGAACCUUACUGGCAAACCUUCAUAAAUAACAGAGUGGCAUAACGUGCUGUGAAAAAGCACUUUGUAAAACCAAGACUUUUUUUCUUUAUACAUUUCUCUCUUUCUACGUGUUUGAUGGAUGCUCUCGUGUGUCUCGCUUUCGUUUUUACAAGCUGUUACAAAAGGACACUGUACAUCAGUUUCUCUCAGUACCUUUGCAAGAUGCAUUAGGGACAAUGUUGUGUAUUUAUCAGUUGGUCUUUAGAUUUAUUUGUGGGGAAUGGUUUGGCGCCCUGCGAGAUUGUGUGUUUUUCUCUUAUUUAAAUUGACUUUACCGAACGUACUUCAGUGAACGCCAAUGAUUUGAUGUUGCGAGGCCGCCGGGAACCCUGCUUGAAUAGCUACGCUGAAGAUCAACAAAUUUUGGAAGCUGUUUCACAGCAUCGGAUGCCGUGAUGCCUUAUUGAGUUCAAAUGAUUAUGUAUGUUCCUUUAUUAAUUCAAGUUUCACAGACGAUUAAAAGCUAAAUAAUUGAAAAUGUUGCUGGAAGGAGACCGAGUGUCUCAGUAGUCUAAAAGAUUAGUGCUGGAGUGGUUGCUGCUAUUAAAUCUGCAAUUUCUUGUUAUUAUUUUCGAGCGUAUUUUCGAGCGAUGUUGCCAUCUGUUACAAUAUGUUAGGGAAUUGUAAACAGGUUUGCAAGGAAUAGUUUACCCAAAAAUGACAUGUCCCGUAUGACACACAAAAAUAAGUUUACAAUAAAUCGUCACUGUAGCUUUUAAAGGGAUAGUUCAGCCAAAAGUAAAGUCUGUCAUCGUUUACUCGCCAAAUUGUUAUUUCAAAGCUGUAUAACGUUCUUUCUAAUGCAGAACACAAAAGAAGAUAUUUUGAAGAAUGUUGGUAACCGAAUAUUGACGGCACCCAUUCGCUUGCAUUGGUUUUGUGUAGAAGUUAAUGGGAACAAACAUUUUUCAAAAUAUCUUCUUUUGUGUUCUACAGAAUAAGGAAAGUCAUACAGGUUUGAAAUGACAAGAGGGUGAGUGUACGAUGACAGAAUUUUCAUUUUUGGGUGAACUAGGCACCGAAAAGGACACGCGUUCGACUGAAGAAGCAACAUGAGGGUGAAUAAACACGGUUCAACCAGUCCUUUAAGAGUUCAGAUCAAUCCCAAUUGUGCUGAUUUAGGACCUGGAGGGUUCAGAUACCCUUACAGCAUGCUUUAUCACUAACUAAAAAAAAAAAACUCUAUUGUGUCCAAACUCCAUC